AUGGCUGUGAUCCAGUACUCUGUUCUGGAUCAGAUGGACCAGAUCACGCACUUUAUAGACGCCAGCAAUGUUUACGCAUCAGAAGACGACGAGGCCCGGGAAUUGCGGACUUUUCGAGGCGGGCGUCUGAAGGUGACGCAGGUCGGCGAUAAGGACCUCCUGCCGCUCAACACCGACAUGAUGGACGAGUGCACGGACCCACAGAAGAACCUGUUUUGCUUCAAGGCAGGUGAUGCCAGAGUGAAUGAACAGGUUGAACUGACAACCAUGCACACGAUGUGGAUGCGAGAGCACAACAGAAUUGCUGAUCAUCUUUCGAAAAUCAAUCCAUAUUGGAAUGAUGAAGUCAUCUACCAAGAAGCUCGCCGAAUUGUUGCGGCAGAAAUGCAGCACAUCACGUACAAUGAAUGGCUACCGAUUGUCCUUGGGUCGUAUUUCAUGCAGAAUUACAGCCUUCAUCCUCUCGCAACUGGAUAUUCGUACCAGUAUGACCCCAGUAUCAAUCCCAGUGUCACAAAUGCAUUCUCAACAGCUGCUCUUAGAUUUGGACACACCCUGAUCCAAGGCUUCCUUCAGUGAGUCAAGACAUUUGG